AUGGGGAACCGCAGCACCGCGGACGAGGACUGGCUGCUGGCUGGGCGCGGGCCGGCCGCGGGGGCGGCUGCGGGGCUGGCUGGGCAAGGCGCGGCGGCGCUGGUGGGGGGCGUGCUGCUCAUCGGCGCGGUGCUCGCGGGGAACUCGCUCGUGUGCGUGAGCGUGGCCACCGAGCGCGCCCUGCAGACGCCCACCAACUCCUUCAUCGUGAGCCUGGCGGCCGCCGACCUUCUACUCGCUCUCCUGGUGCUGCCGCUCUUCGUCUACUCCGAGGUCCAGGGUGGCGCGUGGCUGCUGAGCCCCCGCCUGUGCGACGCCCUCAUGGCCAUGGACGUCAUGCUGUGCACCGCCUCCAUCUUCAACCUGUGCGCCAUCAGCGUAGACAGGUUCGUGGCUGUGGCCGUGCCGCUGCGCUACAACCGGCAGGGUGGGAGCCGCCGGCAGCUGCUGCUCAUCGGCGCCACGUGGCUGCUGUCCGCGGCGGUGGCGGCGCCCGUACUGUGCGGCCUCAACGACGUGCGCGGCCGCGACCCCGCCGUGUGCCGCCUGGAGGACCGCGACUACGUGGUCUACUCGUCCGUGUGCUCCUUCUUCCUGCCCUGCCCGCUCAUGCUGCUGCUCUACUGGGCCACGUUCCGCGGCCUGCAGCGCUGGGAGGUGGCACGUCGCGCCAAGCUGCACGGCCGCGCGCCCCGCCGACCCAGCGGCCCCGGCCCGCCUUCCCCCACGCCCCCCGCGCCCCGCCUCCCCCAGGACCCCUGCGGCCCUGACUGUGCGCCCCCCGCGCCCCGCCUCCCCCAGGACCCCUGCGGCCCUGACUGUGCGCCCCCCGCGCCCCGCCUCCCCCAGGACCCCUGCGGCCCUGACUGUGCGCCCCCCGCGCCCCGCCUUCCCCAGGGUCCCUGUAGCCCCAACUGCGCGUCCCCAGCGCCCGGCCUUCCCCGGGGUCCCUGCGGCCCCGACUGUACGCCCCCCGCGCCCGGCCUCCCCCCGGACCCCUGCGGCAACUGUGCGCCCCCCGACGCCGUCAGAGCCGCCGCGCUCCCACCCCAGACUCCACCGCAGACUCGCGGGAGGCGGCGUGCCAAGAUCACCGGCCGGGAGCGCAAGGCCAUGAGGGUCCUGCCGGUGGUGGUCGGGGCCUUCCUGCUGUGCUGGACGCCCUUCUUCGUGGUGCACAUCACGCAGGCGCUGUGUCCUGCCUGCUCCGUGCCCCCGCGGCUGGUCAGCGCCGUCACCUGGCUGGGCUACGUCAACAGCGCCCUCAACCCCGUCAUCUACACUGUCUUCAACGCCGAGUUCCGCAACGUCUUCCGCAAGGCCCUGCGUGCCUGCUGCUGAGCCGGGCACCCCCGGACGCCCCCAGGCCUGAUGGCCAGGCCUCAGGGACCAAGGAGAUGGGGAGGGCGCUUUUGUACGUUAAUUAAACAAAUUCCUUCCCAAACUCAGCUGUGAAGGCUCCUGGGGGUUGAUGGGGAGGGGGGAAGAGGGGUUUCUGCCCCAGUGGCCCCAGGCCCCCCAGCCAGUUAACCUCUUCCUUCCCACCAAGGAAGCCCACAGAGCAGACCCCACCAAACCGGCCGCCUGCUCAGGGUGAGGGAGGAAGGGUCCCCUGAGAGCCACUCAGUUCGGCAGCACUCAGGCCCAGCCUCCCCU